AUGGGGAGCGAAUUAGACUACAGCGUCUUCCAACUGGGCGACUUCAAACUCGUCUCCGGCCAGACCCUUCCAAAUGCCUUCAUCGCCUACAAGACCUUUGGCGACGCCUCCUCUCCCGCCAUCAUCUACCCCUCGUGGUUCAGCGGCGCCAUCUCAGACAACGAAUGGCUCAUAGGCGAAGACAAAGCCCUCGACCCUCGCCGAUAUUUCAUCAUCGUCCCAGCUCUCUUCGGCAACGGACAGUCCAGCAGCCCCUCCAACACGCCCCGCCCGUCUCCCCUCAAGCCCUUCCCCAACAUCACCGUCAAAGACAAUGUCACCGCGCAGCAUCGGCUCAUAACCGAGCACCUGGGUGUGAAGCACGCGCGGAUGGUUCUGGGAUGGAGCAUGGGCGCUGGACAGACGUACCAGUGGCUCACGCAGUAUCCCGACUUCAUGGACCUGGGGGUGCCGUUCUGCGGGAGCGCACGCACGUCGCUGCAUAACCAGGUGUUUCUCGAGGGCGUCAAGAGUGCGCUACUCGCCGCCAAGGGAGCAGCUUCCGCUGGUAGUGCUGCCGGCGAGUCAGCACCGAUGUAUCGCGCGUGGACGGAGGAGGAAAGGGUCGUCGGGCUGAAGGCUUUCGGGCGUGUAUAUGCGGGAUGGGGGUUCAGCCAGGUCUUUUACAGGGACAAGGUCUAUGAAACAGAGCUGGGGUACAAGAACCUCGAGGACUUCAUGGUCAACUUCUGGGAGUCGUGGGCCUUGGCCAAAGACCCUGAAAACCUGCUCACCAUGCUUCACACGUGGCAAGCUGCCGAUUGCUCUGACCAGGAGCCGUAUAAUAAGAACUUGGAGCUGGCCAUGAAGAGCAUCAAGGCCAAAACACUUGUUCUGCCAGGGAAGACAGACCUGUAUUUCCCUCCUGAAGAUUCAGAGUACGAGGUGCAGCAUAUGAUGGAGGGCGUUGGACAGUGUAUUCCGUUCCCAUCCAUCUGGGGUCAUUGGGCUGGUGGACCAGGUGUGAGCAAAGAAGAUAUGAAGUGGCUGGACGGCCAGCUGAAGGCUCUGCUGGAUGAUAAGAAGUGGCAGCUGAACACCACCGGAUUGCAGUAG